AUGACCAUAACGACGUUCCAGGUCGCGUCUGCAGUUACACCAACUGUGGUAAAGACCUGUGUGUCACAUUAUGCCAACCGUAAGCCGCGAGCGAAGAAGCCAACCGCACACAUCUCAUACGAUGAGGGGCUGCACCUCAUCAAGACCUUCCUCACAUACGCCUCAACCAAGACCAUCGACGAGCUCCAAGCAUUUACCGCCCAAUGGGUGCCCACGCCGACAUGGGUCAAGACGGACAACGUAGAUAUUCCACCCGAGCAGGUCUCAAGGGCAGCCGAUGCCAUCAUCAAGCAAUUAGGUCCAGAAGGUGUCAAGGCGGUAGGCGGAGUCGAAUGGUGGCAAUGGCGCCGGAACGACAGCGUCCUCCGCGCCGAGUGGAUAGAAAUGUCCUCACAUUACCUGGAGCGGAAACGCGAGAAGAAGAAGGGCCGUCGGAUCAUGCUUUACGUUCACGGCGGAGGCUACUUCUUUGGCUCCGUCGACGAGCACCGCUACCAGAUGCAGCGCCAUGCGAGAAAGCUGAAGGCUCGAGUCCUUGCUCCACGAUACCGGCUGGCACCGCAGUUUCCAUUUCCUUGCGGCCUGCAAGAUUGUUUGGCGGUAUAUCUGUAUCUGCUGACUGUACACUCUCCGUCUGAGAUCGUACUGGCCGGCGACUCGGCUGGAGGAGGUAUGGUCGUGUCCAUGCUCUGCAUUCUGCGCGAUCAAGGUCUACCUUUACCUGCUGGUGCUGUUCUGAUCUCGCCAUGGGUCGACCUAACGCACUCCUUCCCCAGUGUUUCUGGCGACAAUCCGCUCGACUAUAUUCCAUCCCACGGCUUCCAUCACCGGCCGUCAGUCGCUUGGCCGCCGCCAAAUGACGAUGAGGGAAAGGCACUCGAGAGACUCACGCGGACACAAUCUCGUGAGGAAGCAUUCGCAGAGAAAACUGACGAAUCUGCUGAGCGUCUGGGUGUCGCAGCUCCAGGCAAGAAUGAUCCUGGCUCCUCAACCGCAAAUCGGGUCCCAGCACCCAAUCAUUUUCUGUCCAUCCACCUCAACAACAAGCUCGUCCUUAUACAAGAACAGAUCCAGCUCUACACCACUAAUGCACUCCUAUCUCACCCUCUUGUCUCUCCUAUCCUCCAGCCUUCCCUGGGCGGUCUUCCGCCCCUCUGUAUCCUUGUUGGCGGCGGCGAAAUGCUUCGCGACGAGCAAAUAUACCUGGCCCACAAAGCCGCCAACCCGCACAGAUAUCCUCUUUCCGACACGUACAGGUCAAGGUAUGACCCCGAAGACAAAAUCCUCAACCAGUACAAAGCGACACCCGUCCAACUACAAGUAUGGGAGGAUCUCUGCCACGUCGCGCCUACUUUGUCAUUCACGCGUCCUGCAAAAUACAUGUACAGAUCAAUAGCACAAUUUGGUGCCUGGGCUCUUGCACGAGCUCAGGAGCGCCCGAUCGAGAUCAUGGACGAUGACAACAUUUCCAUCAUCUCCACAGAGUCUGACUCUGAGUCACCCACCGAGUCCACGGACAGCAUUGCCCAAAUGAAGAACGCCGCACAACCUCAACCCAAGUUCGUCGGACGUGCAGGCGACCCGCUACCCUUCUUCCACAACCAUAUGAUUCGACAGCUCGUCAAUCGAUAUGGCAACAUCUCAGACUUGCCCUCUGCAGAUGAACUUCCUGCGACGACAAUGGACAUCAAUGAGGUUGGUCUGAUCAAGCCUGGUCCAGUGCAGAAAUGGAUGGAUGCAAAAGACAGCUGGGCAUCGAAGUAUGCUUCAACGAAGAAGAAGGUACAAAAACAGCGAAUCGAGAUGAUACAUGCGAAGAAGAACGUGCCGUUUGGACCAGACGAGAAGCCCCCGCCGAGUGCACUUGCUACGCGCAGGACGGCACGUGAGGUGGAGAAGAAGCAGCGCAAAUCGUACGGUCUGGCGAUGUGGUCAAUGUGGGGCAGUAAGCACGAUGAGAUGACCAUAAAGCGCGAGAAGGAUAUGGAUGAGAAGGAGGAUAAGGAAGACGCAGCUCAAUCUCAAGAGCCUGAGAAAGAGCAGCUGCAGGUGGACGGCGCCGCACACUCGACCGCCACAGAAGCAGCACCGGAGGGACUGAGGCCACAGACCUCGCCACGAGCCCGACGAACAGGACAAGCCAAUGCCAACUUUAUACCCACACAAUCCCAUCAACCAACCCUCCCAUCCAUGCCCAGCUCCGUGUCGCAACUCGAGAACGACAACGUUGUCGUGACGCCGCCAGCCACAGCUGAUGCCAGCAACCCAGUAGAUCAGGCCCAGCGACCGAACCUGACUACUGCAACUUCGGGUAUGGAGUCAUUUAUGACAGCACCGGAAAGCAACACGCCGCUCCCGACGCCCCUGUUCCUACCAAAGUUCCGCACAGCAUCACAUCUGCGGUCGCCGUCGCAAACACAAGAUGUCGACACAAUGUCCACGCGGACAGGUUAUUCGGCAAUGAGUGUCAGCGGGGCAAGCACACGUGCUGUAUUCUCAGCACCCGGAAUAUCGAAGGUCGCUAGUGCCACGGACGGGCCAACCGGCCCACAACAACUCACUGCUGCAGACAACAAUGCUGCACAGAGCAGCAAUCUGUCCUCGGAGAUAGUCAAUGGCUUCCACCCUACCACGCGAACAGCUUCGUCAGCUUCUCAAAACCGAGCUCUCGACUCCUCUCAAACGACGCCAACAGCACCAACUUUCCCACCAGACAGCCUCCGCCCUACUCUAAGCAGUCGCAACGGCAACGACACGCCCACCUCACGGCUGAGUAUCGAAAGGCUGAGGACGCAUAAUGCCGAGUAUGAGGCGGAGGUCAGAGAGGAACAGUUGCGCCAUCGCCUGCUAGAAGGGGACGAGAGACACGCUGCACAGAGGGUGGUGGACGACGGUGCGGUUUCAACACUGAAUCUCGAUGGGGCAGGUGCGCAAGACAAUGGUGUCGGCUUGGGAGAUCAAGAGAAGGAAGCAAGUGGUGCGCUGGGUCUGCCGCCGCUGCAGACACUGAGGAGUCCGAGCUCGGUUGCUGUCGUGGGCGCGGAGGGUGUGGUUGGCGUUGUUGGUGGUGAAAAGAAGGCAAAAUGA